GAAGAAACCUAAAAAUGAAAGAUUCUAUUCACACGAAACCGACCCAAGGACAAACAAAAGCCAGACAAAAGCAUUGGCCAUUGAAGACUCGGGGUCGAUACCACAUUUCGCUUUUAAGCUAGCAGUCAAAGUGUCCUCCUUUUUCACACGUUUAGCAACGUAGCAAUCAUUCAGGCCUCUUAAUAAUAUUUCCUUUGUUUCCAGGGUUUAUUCGCAUCUUUACCGCAGCCUGUUUUGAGUUACCCAAAACAUCAUAUUUCAGCACCUUACCAUGAUAUCUCAACCGCUUGCCAUGGCUGCAACGUUGAUACUUGUGGUUCUUGCACAAAUAUGCACAUCAGUUACUUCACUGUCAGAAGCUGAUAAGAUUACUAGUUUGCCAGGGCAGCCACCGGUCAAGUUUAACCAAUACGCUGGUUAUAUUACCGUUGAUGAGAACCAGCACAGAGCUCUAUUUUACUAUUUUGCUGAAGCAGAAUCAGAACCUGCUUCUAAGCCAUUAGUUCUCUGGUUAAAUGGAGGGCCUGGUUGUUCGUCUGUGGGAGCUGGAGCGCUCGUUGAACAUGGACCUUUCAAACCAAGUGAAAACGCCCUCGUGAAAAAUGAAUAUAGUUGGAACAGAGAGGCAAAUAUGCUAUACGUGGAAUCACCGGCCGGGGUUGGUUUCUCAUACUCUGCUAAUGAAUCAUUCUAUGAAUUUGUGAACGACGAAAUCACAGCAAGAGACAAUCUUGUUUUCCUACAACGUUGGUUGACCAGAUUCCCAGAGUACAAAAGCAAUGAUUUCUUUAUCACGGGGGAGAGCUACGCAGGUCACUAUGUACCCCAACUUGCACAGCUUAUUGUUCAAACCAAAACAAAGUUCAAUCUCAAGGGGAUAGCUAUAGGGAAUCCUCUUUUGGAAUUUAAUACUGAUCUAAAUUCUAGAGCCGAAUUCUAUUGGUCACAUGGGCUAAUAUCAGAUUCGACUUACAAGGUCUUUAGCACCACUUGUAAUUUUUCCCAAAUUUGGAGACAAUAUCACAGUGAGACUCCAAGUGUCAGCUGUGCAGAAGCGAAUAAACUGGUGACAAGGGAGAUUGGUAACUUUGUUGAUCGAUACGAUGUCACUCUUGAUGUUUGUUUGUCAUCCAUAGAUAAGCAGGCUCAAAUGCUAAAUCAACUGCAAGAGACAGCCAACAUAGAUGUUUGCUUGGAAGAUGAAACAUCUGCAUAUUUGAACAGGAAAGAAGUACAGGAAGCUCUGCAUGCAAAGCUUGUGAGAGUUAUCAAUUGGUCUAUUUGCAGCGAGGUGCUAAGAUAUGACAAUCAGAAUCUAGAAGUACCAACAAUUCCGAUUCUAGGAGAACUCGUUAAGUCCGGCAUCCAGGUUUUUGUGUACAGUGGAGAUCAAGACUCAGUGGUCCCAUUGACCGGAACACGUUCUCUGGUGAAUAAAUUAGCCAAGGAGUUAGGACUAAAUACAACCGUGCCUUACAGGGCCUGGUUCGAGGGGAGACAGGUUGCUGGAUGGACACAAGUUUACGGUAACAUUUUAUCAUUUGCGACCAUAAGAGGGGCGGGUCAUGAAGCCCCAUUUUCGCAGCCAGAGAGAUCACUCGUCCUUUUCAGAUCAUUGCUCCAUGGAAAGCCCCUUCCAGAUGCCGCCCCUUCAACCUAAACACAUCGCCCAUAACACCCCUUUCACCAAUAUGCGCGUCUUCCUCCCCCAAACCAACCCCCAACCCACAAAAAAUCCCCCACCCACUUGGACCAAAAACAAGAAAGAAAGAAAUAUUAAGAAAUAGAAAUAAAGGGUUUGGAUUAGCUUUUUAAAAGCA